CACCCCAAUACCUACCUCAAGGUACUCCAAAACUUGCCAGCGGACUUAGCGGCGAUGCGUCGAUUGGCCGAGCCGGCCGCCAACCGUCCAACACUGAAGGAUGCCUUGUCGGUCUUGUGCGUUCCCGGCGUUCCUGCCGUCGACGGACUAGAUCAGACUCGGAAGUUGCAAGACUCUGGCAGACCAGACCAGCAAAGGUCGGCUACCGCACGCACAAGCACACGCCUACGCGAAUGUGUGUAUGCAUAGUCAUGGCCUCAAAGUCAAAAGGCAGUUAAGGCAAUGAAUGUACAAAGUGAGUUGCCAAAGCUUGGCUGGCGGUUGACAAGAGAACAGCCGCGUAAUAUUGGCUGGCGGCAGCAACAACACACGAUUAGAGCACCAGUCACAACAGUCGUCGGCAAUGCCUCGAGUCGUUUGCGGUCCAAAGACGACAAAAGGUUCAGUCGGAAGACUGGCGUACCUCUAGGGUCGGCUUGCAUCUUCACCGUCUGCCGCUCUGAGAGGUUCCCGCAGCCGGUGGACAGUCGUCGACGUCAUCCGAGGCCGCCGUCCAAGCCCCGUGUGUUAGUAUUAGUGUACUGUACAUGCCCCGUUUGUUACCCAAACCCAGGUAUAGCAUUUGUCCGUCGCUCGCGCUUUGAAAGUCGUCGCAUCCUAGCCCCGAAUCGAGCAAAGAAAAAGAAAAGACGGACAAAAUGCCCGACCAACCCCACGCCCAGAAGCACCAAGCGAAUUGGGCGGAGCCAGAUGCAGGCGUCGCCCAAUACAGCGCACUGCAGCGAUUCCAUGCCAUGCUGGACAGAUGCAUGUCUGGCUAGCAGCAGCCAGCACUCUGGAAUGUGGAGUGGAGGAUGGCUGCAUGUCGGAACAUUGCGGGGAAGCCUUGCCCAUCUUUGUGCGCCCAUGUUGCUCAGAGACACGCUGUUGUUUGUUUGCUUGCUGCUCGUAUGUUUCAACUUCCAUGGCAUUGCAUGGCCUUGUCCACCGAGGACUCUCGGAGCCCGAGCCCGGAACUGGCCUGGAACAUGGAAACAUGGGACAGAUAUUGAGUUCUGACAAGCUGAAGCUGGUCUUAGACUAGUCUAGGGGUAACGAUACCCUCGUGAUUUAUACUACGUAUUACCGAGAAUGGAGAUAUCGAGCCCGGAACGUAGCGUCAUCCACUGGAGACACACAAGUCACUUGACGAGAAUCCAAGGGCCUUGCAGCCCCGCCUCCCAAGAUGUU